UUAUAAACAAACAAAGUGCAGCAAAGCUCUUGCAAAACUAUUCUAACUACACAGUGCUCAUGAUUCGACGCAGCCACGUGAGUUUUGGGUUUUUAUUUCUUACUAAAUUAAUUUGUUUGUUCAGCUUUACGUCCACCGCAAACAAUGAGCUUAUCAUGUUUACCGCUCAUGCUCGCCACUCUCGGGACCAUUUUUACCGCGCUGCCGCGCUUUCAAACGACUGGAGAAAAAAGGCUUACAAAACUUCCACAAACAGCGGCUUUUAGUUACCCUGCAUGUGGUUGCAAAAAGGGGAGGGUACGUGAAAAAAAGUGUACAAAUAAAUGGCGAUAAACAUAAAUGCCGCCUGCCGGUUUUGGGGUAGCAUCAAACGCCCGUGUAUUUGUGUGCGUGCCAGAGAGAGCACCAGACAGGGGUUGGUGUAAGCUGACCGCGAAACGCAUUCAAAUUCUCGCGCGGUGGCAGUUAGAGUCAAUCGCGCACUUUGGCCCGGUUGUAAGGGGUCGUCCGCUGUAGCCGCCGCAGCACACCAAGCAUCGUGUUACAACGAAAAACCGGUCACCAGUUCACGACCAGCACGAUCAGGUUUUUGGGGUGUAUGCGCAAAAAAACAAGGUGUUUUUAAAGAGCCGGAGGAAUACCGCACUGUGAAGGUGAUUCGGAAAACGAUUCAAUUGUACCCUCGGUUUGGUGUUAUUUAAUAGUUGCAAAUUAGUGCGCCGCCAAGCUUUUUGUGCAUAACUGCGAGCGUGCUAAGUGAUGGGGUUGUGCUGCUAGAGGCCAUACCCCAAUUUAUGAAACAAUAUCGAGAGAUGUGGCCCGGGCGUUAUUUCGGAGCGGUCCUCAUUGGCAUCAAUCUGGUACUGUCCUCUGAAGUAGUGCAUGCUGCAGAAAGCACUCGGCCCAAUAUCGUUUUCAUUUUAGCAGACGAUUUGGGCUGGAAUGAUGUCGGUUUUCAUGGAUCGGCGCAAAUCCCAACGCCCAAUCUGGAUGCGUUGGCCUACGCGGGCAUCAUUCUCAAUCGGUACUACGUGAAUCCGAUCUGCACUCCGUCACGAUCCGCCCUUAUGACGGGCAAGUAUCCCAUACACACCGGGAUGCAGCAUACCGUGCUUUACGCCAUGGAACCACGAGGACUUCCGCUGUCGGAGAAGCUGUUACCGCAGUAUCUGAAGGAUCUAGGAUACUCGAACCACAUGGUUGGAAAGUGGCAUCUGGGACACUAUCAGCUGCGCUACACUCCACUGCAACGGGGAUUCGACAGUCACACCGGUUUCUGGACCGGGCACCAUCAUAUGAACGACCACACGGCAGUCGAACACGGUCACUGGGGGCUUGAUAUGCGGCGAGACUACGACGUAGCGUACGAUCUGCACGGCAAGUACACAACGCACGUGAUCGGCUCGGAAGCGAUCAACAUAGUGCAGGAUCACAAUACGAGCGUGCCACUAUUUCUGUACGUCGCUCAUGCCGCCGUUCAUUCCGCGAAUCCGUACGAUUUCCUGCCAGCGCCGGACGGGACCGUUGCGGAGCUGGACCACAUAGACAACUAUCGUCGGCGUAAGUUUGCCGCCAUGAUGGUGGAACUGGACAGAACGGUAGGAGGCCUGGUGGAAGCACUACACGCCCGUGGCAUGCUGAACAAUACGAUCAUAGUGUUCAGCAGCGAUAAUGGUGGCCCGGCAGACGGGUUCAACGAUAAUGCCGCCUCAAAUUGGCCGUUACGAGGGGUGAAGAACACACUGUGGGAGGGUGGUGUACGUGCGGCCGGGUUUAUUUGGAGCCCGCUGCUACAAAACGUAAGCCGAGUGUCGCACCAGAUGAUGCAAGUUUCCGAUUGGCUUCCAACGCUUUACGAAGCAGCAGGUGGCGAUGUCAGCUCACUACCAUCCGACCUGGACGGUAUCAGUGUGUGGAACGAGCUGAACAGCGGUGCUCCAACGAGGCGUAUUGAGAUACUGCACAACAUCGACGACAUUUGGGGCAGCUCGGCCCUCACCGUGGGCAACUGGAAGCUGGUCAAAGGUUCACACUACAAUCGCACAUGGGACGGCUGGUACGGACCGGCCGGGGUUCGCGACGAAAAAUCCUACUCACUCGACACCGUCUCGAGCAGUCCGGCGGGCCAGAUAAUGGUGGAACUGAAUAUGCUUCCUUCGCGCGAUCGCAUCACACAACUUCGCCGAGACGGCACGGUUUCGUGUGGGGCCGGUGCUCACAUGGCCAACGAGUGUAAUCCGCUGGAAAGUGCCUGCCUGUUCGAUGUGGAAAGUGAUCCCUGCGAGUACAAUAAUCUAGCCGCCGAACAUCUGCACAUACUGCAAUCCUUGCUCGCACGGUUGGCAGAUUACAACAGUACGGCUGUGCCUCCGUCGAACUUGGAAGAUGAUCCUCGCGGUGAACCACAGCACUGGAACUACACGUGGCAUAACUUUGGCGACGAGCCAGUGCCGGAAGUGUUGCUCAACGACAACCAAGAUUGGUAACACUGUAGGACGGUAUAUGUUAAUACUGAGAAGCUUUUUAUUUUUCAGUUUCAACCCAAGAACUCUAAAUAAAUUAAUUAUUUAAACAUUAA